AACCCAAAAUUUUAACACUAAAUCAAAACACAAAACCCCAGAUGGGUUCAACCAAGUUCAUGCGCCCAAAGGAAGAAACCAAUGGCGGAGAAGCAGAAAACCCCAGAAAAUUGGUGAGCCCGAACCUCUACGUUGCCAAUUGCGGCCCGGCGGUGGGUCUCACAUAUGAAGCCAUAUCAAUGGCGUUCAGCCAAUUCGGCGAAGUCAGAGGAGUUCACGCCGCCGACGACAGUGGGACCCGAGUUAUCGUCUCAUUUUCCAGUGAGGGCUCUGCUGAAUCGGCUUUUAACGCUUUCAAUGGCCGCCGUUGCUCGCAGCUUGCUGGCCGGUUUUUGCAUAUUCGCUACUCCGUGCCUAGGCCGUCUUCGCCGGCUCGUGGCCAUGAUUUCGUGGAUGUAUCUUUGACUGAUGAAGAGCUGAAUAUUCCUGGCCUUCAUUUGUUUCAUGACUUCAUUACCCCAAAAGAAGAGAAGGAACUACUUGCAGCAGUUGAUUCGAGGCCUUGGAUACGUCUAGCAAAAAGAAGAGUUCAGCAUUAUGGCUAUGAGUUCUGCUAUCAAACAAGAAAUGUUGACACAACAAAGUUCUUGGGUGGACUUCCAUCAUUUGUUUCACCUGUGCUAGAAAGAAUCUUGGCAUCUCCUCUUGACGAUGCUGCAACUAUAAAAUUGGACCAGUUAACAGUUAAUGAAUACCCACCAGGGGUGGGCUUGUCUCCUCAUAUCGACACUCAUUCAGCAUUUGAGGACAAGAUUUUCAGCCUUUCACUUGCAGGGCCUUGCAUUAUGGAAUUCAGGAGGUACCAAGAAGGUAUUUGGCAAUCUGAUCCUGCAACGAGUAAGAUUAUGCACGAAGAGAAUCCAGAGAGUUCCACAAACUUCUUAAGGAAGGCCAUAUAUCUUCCCCCACGUUCAAUGCUCCUAUUAUCAGGGGAGGCACGUUAUGCUUGGAAUCAUUACAUCCCACACCAUAAGGUUGAUAAUGUGAAAGACAGCGUGAUCCGAAGGGCCUCGAGAAGGGUAUCUUUCACACUGCGCAAGGUCAGUACAGGUCCCUGUUGCUGUGAGUAUGGCCAGUACUGUGAUUCUCAGAGGUAGAGAGAGAUCAUGUUCUGGUUUCCAGACUAUUUGUAACCUGCAUAUAACUGCUUAGCAACCAGCUGUUGGGAAGAUCCAUGAUGGACGAUGGGGUUGCCCAAUUCUUUUUUUUUUUCUUGGUUGAAGCUCGUCGUUUGUUGAAUUGAGAUUCGGACAAAAGAAAUUUGCUAAUUUUGAAAAAAUUAAUGUUCUCAACUUUUUUUGUCUCAAUCCAUUAAGGGGGUUGUUUAGGAUGUGAUUUACAAGCAAACCGUAGAAGGCGCACUCCUGCAAAUUUGCAUCAAGAUUUAUGUUUGUGAUGCUUUGGAGAGUUGGACUUCUGAUUUUUUAACUGAUGGAGCACCCAGAGGCCAGAGCUAAGGUUGUUUAAGAUGUCAUCCAUUGGAAUCAUACUAUUGUAUAACUUUGUAUUCUUUGUUAUGUAAUAUAUUUCGGUUGAGGUCAUUUUGGUUCAACUUCAACGAGGAAAUAGAUAACACUGAAAUUAAGUGAUAUAUUCUGAUAUUGUAGAAAUAUAUUUUGAGAUGCUGAUACUUCAAUAAACAGAUGAGUUUUUCGGUCUA